ACAUAUAUUUGAGUGGAUUAGUUCAACCUUUCCAUAAAGAAAAAAAUCAUAAAAAGAUCCCAGCUACCACCAAAAUAAACAUAUCCAGACAAGUUUUAGUAAAUCUUUUUGAACUGUUCUCUGUUUCUGAAGAGAAUGGCUUCUUUUUCAUUGGUGGAGUUUGUCGGAAAUGGCGUCCUCAAAGGAUUGCUCCCAAAGCUAUUGGCAGAAGGCUGGGAUGAUGUACCGACGUUGAAGAUUAUGAAUUCUGAAGAUAUGAAUGCAUUAAACAUGACGCAACAGCAAAAGCAUGCACUGGAAAUCAGAUGUUACCUGCAUGACCGCUCCCUGAUGCAAUAUGGAGACAAGCUAGAGUCAGAUGGGAGAUGUCUGCCUGAGCUUCUUGGCAUGAGCAUGGAAGAUCUUUCUUCUCACUUUCAUAUGAGGAGAGGCCAUAUUGCCCGUUUCAUGGGGAGAACUAGUGCAUGUAUAGAUCCACUUCCCACCCCAUCUGCUCUUUCUACAACAAAAAUAAUCAGCAGUACACCUUCCAGAAAUGAUAGCCUUCAGAAGAGUUUUCAGUCUAUCAACUUGAAAAAAGUGCAGACCAUGACAAAAGGCCCUGUGAAACGUACAACUUCUGAUAUGUCACUAGAACAAUCAGUGGCUGAUUUGAAGAUUAAAGAUGGAUAUAUAUUCAAAGGAAUUGUUGCUGCACAACCAGCUGAAUCUAGACUGUGCGGUUGCAUACAACCACCUCCUGUAGUUGACCAAGUUGCUCCUUACCCUGCUAUUGAAGGUAUCUCCAUUCAAAAACUGACCCCUGAAUACAAGUAUGGAAUGGAGGGCUUGGUGAGAACCAAGGCACCGCCUAUGAAGGCUUCAGACUUGUGGCGAGAUAGACCAGCUGUGCUUCUCUGCAUCCGACGUCCUGGGUGCAUCAUGUGCAGAGCUGAAGCUCACCAGCUAUAUGCCAAGAAACCAUUAUUCGAUGCACUGGGAGUCCAGCUAUUUGCAGUUCUUCAUGAGCACAUAGAGUCGGAGGUAAAGGACUUUUGGCCCAGAUACUGGGGUGGUGCCGUACUCUUUGAUCAAGGUAUGCAAUUCUUCAAAGCUCUGGGUGGUGGGAAACUUCUCAAGGACAAGUUCAUAUCAGGAUUUAUUUUCAACCCCCGAGCUAUUGCAAAUUACAAGCGGGCAAAAGCAAUGGGGAUAAAGCAAAACUUGAAAGGGGAAGGUGAAAUCAAAGGUGGACUCUUCAUAAUUGGCAGUGGAAAGAGUGGGAUUGCAUAUCAGUUUAUUGAGAGGAAUUUUGGUGACUGGGCACCUCUAGCUGAAGCCAUCCAGAUCUGCACAAACUUGCAGAACCAGCAGCCAAGUCAAGGGGAGUCCUCCAUGGGAACAUUUAAGUGACUAUGAAUAUAACUUUCUUCUUGUCUUACCAUUUCUGUCUACAAGUUUCUAUUCCUUGCAUUUCAAACACAAAGGAUCGUGUGGCUUGGUUUGGCUCGACUAGACUUCAACUUCAUUUGAUCCUUUUCAUAUUAUUACCAUGCUUGCUUAGUUUAUAUCCUUCUGUUUUAAUGUAUAUUUAGUACUUCCUACUUGAAAUACAAUCAAUAUAUCUACUUACUCCGAA